AAAUUAGCAGAAUAUUAAGAAUAAAGACAUGCAGAGAGUUAGUACACGGCAAAGUACCCACGGGCGAAACAUUAUCGUUAACGAUGACACCAUAAAAUUUGAAAAGUUGGACGAUGAAGACGGCAUGGGUCUGCGUAGCGACGACGAUAAGGAAGACUUGAAAUACGGGCUAAUGACCAAGGAGCUGGAAACACGGCCACAGCGUAUGCUCAUGCCGGGCAAGCCCAACAUGAAGCUACCGGCGACUCGUAAGGCGUUGCUCCAGAUAAUCGGCCGAGACCGCCAAAGGCUAAGUGCCUACUUUCAGGCGCUUGGACCCCAAACAUCGGCACCAGCGAAAAAGGAACGCCAACCUGUAGCCACCACUACGCCAGCUCCCACAUCUGGUCUCAGUCGUGACAGUUAUGACUUGUUCUUUGAAAGUGCGUGCGCCAGCAUUAAGAGUCUACCACCGAAAUUGGCGGCCGAGGCCAAGAGCCGGAUAUCUCAAAUUAUAACCGAGUUCGAGCUGCGCGCCAUUAACGAGGAGGAAGCCCUACAAGCAAAGCAAAAAGGUUCCUCCACCAAAUAUGCUGAACCUAUUGUGGUUUCCAAUGAUCAAAUGGAUGACGAGUCUGAAAUUGUCUACAAAUUUCAAGCAUACAGCUGAAUGUAUUCUUUCUAUUAAGGUUUUGUAUUUGUUAUAUUAACAACAAUUGAAAUAAAGCGCACAA